AUGACGCCAGCUCCCACAGGCUCGCAUCAACGCACCGUGUACAUUGCGCACAACAAGGUGGAGACAGGCCCAGAGGCACUCGCAUUGCAGCACCAGCUAUGUACCUUAUUCAAUCACAAGGUGAUCGCCAGUCCCGCACGACGAAACGAUCCGGAGGCGGCCACGGCAGCGUGCGCGGGCAUUCAGGCUGCAGAUGUGAUUGUGCUGCUCGGAUCGAAGCUCUUGGGCCAGCGAACCUCCGACAUCUUCAGCAGUCACGACGAGCUGCGCUACAUUCUGCAAGCCAGCAUACCGAUCGUGCUCGUGCACAUGUGCCACCGCUUCAAGUACCGCACCAGCCAACACGUUCUCUCCAUCUCUCGCUCGCACUCGUGCGCCUGGCUGCCGCACACUCUAUCGGCGUCGCUGGACGCUCGGAAAACGCCGCCACAACAGGUCCUGCAUACCAUCAAGUCGGCGCUCACAAGAAGAAGAGCAGUCAGUACCCGUGGCAUCCUCCCUCUCCCUCCCAGGGUUCCUACGCCGCAACAACAGGAAACCCUCACCGCCUUCUCCACGACGACCACACUGUCAACAUUGUACGAAGAUGCCGAGACCAGCAGCGUGGACACCGGCGACGACGGCGAAAGGGGCAUUGCAAAGCCUUGCACGGGUGAGGUGGACAGCGACUCGCAGGCCUGCGUCCAUCGCCUCCUGAGUGAUAUCCAAAAGCACAUGUCUCGGCCAGAAGAAGCGACGGCCGCGCUAGCCGCCCUUGUUGCCUGCAGCAUCGAGAGCCCCACCAGCAUUGUGCGCUGUGUUGCGCGGGAUCAACUUGCCGUGAACACCGUUCUUGGUGCCAUGCGUGCCCAUCCGCGCGUUCGCGAGUUGCAGCGGCUCGGCUGCCGCAUCCUCGACUCUGUCGUAUCGUUUCUCUUCACCGCACGCAAGCAGCGCCAACAUCAUCAGCAGCGGCAGCUGGACACCGACACCCACGAUGUGCGCCGCCUGCUGCGGGAACGCGCCUCUGAGCCUGUGCUCGCGGCAAUGUGGCACCACCAAGGAGACGAGGCCAUCCAAGCUUACGGCUGCGGGGUCCUCCGACGGCUCGUCCGAGACCCUGACGUGCAACACGGGCCAUUGCUGCGCGUCGGCAUGCUCGCCGCCGUCGCCACCGCCAUGCAUACGCAUACGCCCUGCAAGGUCCUGACCAAGCUUACACUGACCAGCGACAAGGGCGACGCGCUCGUGCGCGAGAUUGUUGACCUUGGCAUUCUGGAAGCCUUGGCUGAGGCGCUGCAGUGCCACCCGACGGACGCCGCCGUCGUGCGGGCCGCAUGUCAGUUCUCUCAAGUGCUGCUGCAGGCCCUCUGUACGCCCUCAGACAGGACAGUUCUGCCGGACGUGAGCGAUGCGUCCAAACUCGUACAAGCAGCUGCAAGGUUGGCUUUGGUUGUUGACCUCUGCGACGCAGACGCGCUUAAGCUCCCGACAGCCUGA